CUCCUGGGCCUGUGGGAAGAAGAGGCUAUGUAAGUACAGCUAUGGACCUGCCAUGGAAACAUGGACAUCUAUGAGCAGGGGAUGCAAGCAAAGGGGUCUGACAGGGAUCAGCAGCAGAGCCGUGUGAAAGCAAAGGAACUUUUCCAGGGAUAACACAGGGUGCUGCCCUGCAGACCUGAUGCUAUUACAACAAAUUUCAUGUCAAGAUGAAGACUCCUGCUGUGAACUGCAAGAAGGAGAAAUAUGUGGGAGAUGUGGCAGGGGACUCCAAACGUGUGAUGAGCCAGGAUCUGUUUGAAACUCAGCAGGCGUCUAGCUACUUCUACCAGGUAAAAGCAGAUGAGCCUGCUGAUGAAGGGGAAAGUGGCCCAGUUGCUACUGUUGCAGACCUGAAGGUUUACCCCUCCACACCUGCAGAAGGGAGGGUUGGCAGAAGCUUCCUAAAAGUGAAGGGGCCACUGGUGCCUGGACCGUUACCCUGUCCCCCUGCACUGCCUCUUCCCCCCCAAGAUCCCACCUCCCGCUUACUCUUCUCUGCCCCCUCUACUCUUUGCUCACCCUUACUGCCAGUACAAAGGAAAAGUCAGGCAUCAGCAACUCUACAGAGACUGACAACGACAACAAGAGAUGCAAAAUGUGCAGAAACAGAAAGAUUUGAAACAGAAAAGCAAAAAAGUGUUAAAUGUGAAAGAGACAUGGCAGGACUGGAGCCACUGGAAAAAUGGCUAGAGAGGAACAUCAAAAUCCUAGAUAUCUCAGAAGUCUCAGUAAGGAACAAUCCAUUUAGUAAUUUUGAAAAGGGGAACUUGGCUAUUGAUAUUUAUACUUUACAAUGA